UAAUCAUUCAGCUAUGGCGUCGUCAGCAUGUUCAGCCGCCGGUCUUGACCUUUACAGUCUGAAUACCAUGCCCAAUAACAACUUUCUCGCCUCGGCUUUAAUGACAUUUAUGGUGGUGACCUAUCCCAUUGAGGAUGUCUGUCCAGACAGGAUUGAUUGCGGGAGGUUCUUCAGCCAUCCGCCCCGCGAAAUGGCGCGUCUGCAGCACCCGUACAAUUUCUUGGUUUUCGAAAACGGCACCGUUCUACGCGGGCAGUCCUGGCCGCGGCGGCAACGGGAUGGUAUUACGGCUCCGCUUGUCCUUGCCGUUGCCCAAGGAAACACGCAUCGGGGAUGCCACUUACUCUCAAAACCAGUGGCGAAGGCCAUUAACUUAAUUUUGGAUUGUGCGGACGACCUUUACAACAGCAGCUACGCAUUCAUUGAAACGGCAGCCAGUGCACUACAAACUCCGUCGUUAGUUCUGCGAUUCCGUCGCAGUGCAGUUAACGAAACCGAUAGAUAAUUCCACCACGACCGAGCCAAUGUCAAGCACAAACAACCAAACGAAUACUAGCGGGCUCUCAGCCGGUUUGGCGGUAAAUACUUCCGCAGCCACGGCCGCCAACGCAUCGCUCGCGAUACCGCCGCGUAUGUCGGGAUCCAACCACAGUGUCGCAGCGGCGGCGCUGCUAAACUCGUCAGCAUCAGCGGCCGCUGCUUCGUCGUGGAUCAGCCCGUUACCGGUCGUGAACGGAACCUCGACGAUCGAUGCAGCUGCACCGAAUGCAACCAGCCACAACCAAAUGCCGUCCGCCAGCGGCAGUGCAAGUUCAACUACCACCACGAGCAGCCCGAAGUCCGCUGCCGCGGUCUCCGCAACAUCCUCCGUCACCGCAACAUCCUCCAUCACGGCCGCUAUCGUUUUGAGUGUGGUGGCGCUGAUGACGACCGCGUGGUAAUUGCGGUGUGUAACUGCGUAUUAGCUGACUACGUGUGUAUGCACACAGCACUUUACACAUUGGCCACAGCACACUUUGGGCGCCUUUAAUAAACACUAGCUGCCUUCAUUGCCGUAUUACAUUUAUCGUUGCCUAAAUCUGGCAAAGCAGCGGCUUGCACAUUUUUUUUAUUAUGCACCUGUUAACUGUAGUUUCAACGUGUUCGUUUUAUUAUAACGCAAUGUAGAAAUAGCCUAAUUCAUUCGUCUGGCAAAAACUGUUCCAUUUUAUUCUAUUUACUUUGUUCUAUUAUUUUACGUUGCGAUUUUGCGUACAUGAUCGCUGUACCAGCCGGCUGCAAUCGCUCCUGGUCGAUCUCGGUAUUGAGCAGAAAAGACCAUU